AUAAUCUUAUUCCUUAGUCUCUCAAUCGAUCUCAAGCAAAAAAGCAACUAUGGCUGGCGGAGUUAUUGUUUCAGCGACCGCUGGGAAGGAUUACCCUGGCAACCUUACUCUCCAUGUUUUCAUUACCUGUGUUAUUGCAGCUACAGGAGGUUUAAUCUUUGGAUACGAUCUGGGUAUUUCAGGCGGUGUUAUAUCCAUGGAUGAUUUCUUGAAGAAGUUCUUUCCUGCUGUUUACCGGAAGCAGUCACUGGUUCAUCAAUCGGUUAACCAAUACUGCGCUUUUGAUAGCCAGAUAUUGACGUUGUUCACCUCUUCUUUAUAUCUUGCUGCUCUUGUUUCAUCCAUAUUUGCCUCCUAUAUCACCAGAAAAUUGGGGCGCCGGGCUUCUAUGGUUGCCGGUGGGGUCCUUUUUGCUGUUGGUGCAAUCCUUAAUGGGUUUGCUCAGAAUCUUGCCAUGCUCAUUAUUGGUCGUCUGUUGCUUGGUUUUGGUGUUGGAAGUGCCAAUCAGUCUGUUCCGAUAUAUCUCUCAGAAGUUGCUCCACACAGAUACAGGGGUGGUCUAAACAUGAUGUUCCAAUUGUCAAUAACAAUUGGUAUUCUAGUUGCCGACCUUCUAAACUAUUUCUUUGCCAAGAUUGAUGGUUGGGGAUGGCGUUUGAGUUUGGGUAUUGCUUUAGUUCCAGCUCUGAUCAUUAUCAUAGGCUCCUUUUUCCUUCCCGAGACACCAAAUUCUCUGAUUGAGCGAGACCAUCAUGAGAAAGCCAAAGAAAAACUUAUUGAACUCCGCGGCGUCCCCAACGUCGAUGAGGAGUUUAAUGAUCUAAUUACAGCUAGUGAAGCAGCUAAGUUGGUUAAAAAUUCCUGGAGAAAUAUCAUUAAGAGACAGUACAGACCCCAUCUUGUUAUGGCUAUCUGCAUUCCAAUGUUUCAACAGCUCACUGGCAUGAACGUGAUUGUGUUUUAUGCUCCUGUUUUGUUCAGAACCAUUGGCUUCAAAAACCAAGCUUCCCUCAUGUCUGCUUUAAUUACAGGUAUUAUUAAUUCUCUAGCAACCGUAGUUUCAAUCUUUACUGUUGACAAGGUUGGAAGAAGAGCUCUCUACCUGGAAGGAAGCUUGCAGAUGUUUAUUUGUCAGCUUGUUGUAGCACUUGCAAUUGGACUUAAGUUUGGAGUGAAUGGGAAUCCAGGAGAUUUACCCACAUGGUAUGCAGUGAUUGUGGUGAUUCUGAUAUGCAUAUUUGUUGCUGGGUAUGCAUGGUCUUGGGGGCCUCUAGGCUGGUUGGUGCCAAGCGAAAUCUUCCCAUUGGAAAUUCGAUCAGCUGCUCAGAGUAUCACUGUCUCUGUGAACAUGAUCUUCACUUUCAUUAUUGCUCAAGUCUUCACAGCAAUGCUUUGCCAUAUGAAGUUUGGAUUGUUCCUUUUCUUUGCUUUCUUCAUUAUGGUCAUGGGCCUCUUCAUUUACUAUCUUCUGCCUGAGACUAAAGGUGUCCCCAUUGAAGAGAUGAUCACCGUGUGGAAGAAUCAUCCUUAUUGGAGAAAAUACUACGAUGAUUUGCCUAGCCCCAAGCAAGUUGAAUUAGCUUAGUUUUCUUAGGCAAUAAAUUUAUCCUAUUUUUGGCGGUAUUUUGUUUUAUUUUAGAGUAUUGUGGUUUUUUUAUUUAAUUUUUACUUAAUAAAUGAAAUAAUAAAUAUAAUGACUUUAUUUUAA